AUGUACGACUACCUCGCCAAAAUCGUCCUCCUUGGCCCCAGCGGCACCGGCAAGUCCUGCCUCCUGCACCGUUUCGUGAAGAACGAAUGGCGAGUCCUUUCUUCUCAGACCAUCGGCGUCGAGUUCUCCUCCAAGAUAAUAAAGAUUGGCACGCCGCCCAAUCGAUCGAAACGAAUCAAGUUGCAGCUAUGGGACACGGCAGGCACAGAGCGAUUUCGAAGCGUGAGUCGGAGUUACUACAGGGGUGCAGCAGGUGCAGUGCUGGUGUACGAUGUUGCGAGUAUGGCCAGUUUCCAGGCGCUGCCCACUUUCCUGAGUGACGCACGAGCACUGGCUAGUCCGCAGUUGACGGUGAUUUUGGCGGGAAACAAGGCGGAUUUGGCGGACGAGUCGCUACAAACACAAGGGCAAUCGGGUCAGAAUCAUACGAGAACUCAGGCUGUGCACAUGAAUGGAAGCGCUCAACACCAUCGCAUCCAGAGGGAGGAUGAAUCCAACACCACUCCAGCCGCAUCGAGCGCGUCAAGUCGACAGUCAUAUUUCCCCUAUGAUUCCGGAGGUGCAAGCCUCACCGACUCUGUGAAAACGACAUCCAGUCGCUCUCGCGGGGACAGCAUGAAUCUUUCAAAAUGGACAGCCACUCAAUCCACGGACGGCCGUGAAGUCAGCACCGACGCCGCCUCACGGUGGGCUUCGAAAGUCCACAUCCCCGUCACAAUGGAAGUUUCGGCUCUCACGGGUGAAAAUGUUGAUGCAUUAUUUUACCGCCUGGCCGCCAUGAUCCUGACCAAGAUCGAGCUGGGAGAGAUCGAUCCGGAUGAUCCGGCAAGUGGUAUCCAGUACGGUGAUGGUGCUGUGGGAGCCGAUGGAGACAGUAUAACCACAGAUGGAGGCACCGUGAGGCGGCGGAAGGGAGGAAGGGGUGGCACGGUAAGGAAUGGAGUGCUCAGCAGUCUCGGGGAGUGGGAAGACGUAUUUCGCAGACCGGCCUCGCGAGCAGGGGGAGGGCGAUGUUGUUGA